AUGAGGCAAAAUGAUAAGCGUUUGCUAGCUGUGGGAGAGAUCAGCAAAGAGAGUGGAUUGAGCUUGUGGAACCUCAAUGCCUUGAAAGAGAAACCUCGGUUCAGCAAACUAAAAGGACACAUCAAGAACGUGGACCUGUGGGAAGAACUGCUCCUUGCACUCUCCAAAGGAGGUGGUUUGAGCGUGCAUGACCUGAACGAUCCACGGAGUCAGCCCACUUUGCUCAGCAAAAGAGAUGACGGCCAGGCCCUUGAUGUGCACUGGAUAGGCGGUCGAGCACUUGCAGCCUUUUCGAACAAAGUAGCGCUCAUCAACGUUGAGAAUGGACACGCCGAGUACUUGAACGUGCCAGCAUUGCGGGAUCCAGCAGUGAGCCCGCUGGGCCCACAUGUUGCAGUUGCGGGCCCAUCCUCAUGCAUGCUCUGGGACCUGCGAAGGUCUGUCACAGCUGUAGAGAUGGCCUGGCCUGGUGGCUUCACAUGCCGAACUCUGGCUAGACUCGUGUCAGACCACACCUUGGUGGCAGGGGGGUUUGGUCAAGUCCCUUUGCACUACAUGGACUUGCGGAUGCCCUCCAACCUGCCAACUUACCCAGUGCCAAGAUUGCCAAGCUCUGGCCUUUUGGAGAUCCAGCGCCUGCUGACUGGAAACCCUUGUGUGUCAGCCCAGUUUCAGGAUCGGAGUUUAGCGACUUGGCACCUUGACACCGGCACCCUUCUCGGCUGGUGGCCGUCCUCCAGAUGCCUAUCAAUACCAUCAGGCACAGCCGCUAUUGCCUGGCCUGGCAUUGCUGCGGCAGAUGAUGGCCAUGCUUAUGUGGCACUCCCGGGCAAGCGAGCAGUUGGAGGAUCUGGAACAUCAGCGCCAAUGAUGAGACAAAGAAAAGAAGGACUGAAAGGAGGAAAAGGAAAAGAAGGGGGACAAGUGAAAAUGCAGGGCCCGAAGGCAGCACCUUCUAAAGCGCCAAGAAAAGAUAGCCAAAAGUCCCAAGAGACAGAAGCACCACGAGAGGAGGAAAGCCAAAGGUCUCAGAAGCUACGAACAAGUGAGGAUGUGUACCAUCGCAUUCUGCACGACAGCCGCUUUGACCCCAAAGAAGUGAGCAUAGGUUAUGAGGACAGAUUCCUGGGGCCAAUGGAAGUGAAACUGCUUGACUUUCAACCAGGCGGGGAUAUCCCUUUACAUCGGAUUUAUUACUUCCGUCGUGGAGCUGAAGUAUUGUGGGAUCGCAAGCAUCGUUUAGACAGAAUCUUCAAUGCGGAGGCCGCUGAAGCCGCCCCUGAAACAGUGGAAGCGAUUCAGAAAGCCCGAAGGACAGCUGAAAAGAUAGAACAGGGAAUCAUCAAGGUUCGUGGCCGGAGGGGCAGCAACAAGGUAACUCCAAAGGAAGAAGCUGGAAUGAAAUACUACCGUGACGAAGGCUGCUGGGUGCAAGCCCCAGCCACACAUUUCGUGCAGCUGACCGAACUGAAGGUUCUCACCCUGAACGUUCUGUUUGAGCUCUUUGGUGAUGUAAAGACGCACAUGGAGGUGAGAAUGGCCCACAUGUUCCAAGAACUAGAGAGGGCUCAAGCAGAUAUCCUUUUGCUGCAGGAGGUGACGCCAUCCUUCGUGCAGACAAUACUGGCUCAACACUGGGUGCGAGAUCACUAUUGGUCAAGCUGCGGUGACAUAGACACAGCAUCGGUGAACCCAUCUGGGCAGCUAACUCUGUCGCGACUGCCAAUGAGAUCUGUGGUAUGUGCACGCAUCAGUCAGCACAAGACUGUUAUACUGGCGACGAUGUCACUCUCAUUUCGCUCUAAAGAGGUAGCGGUUGUCAUUGCCAACCUCCAUUUGACAGCAGACCUCAAUGAUGCCUCUGGCACUCGACGCAACCAUAGAGUAGAGCAGCUGCAGACCUGCGAAGCGUUGAUCAAUGACAGGCUUCAACCAGGCGACCUCGGACUGAUUGCCGGCGAUUUUAAUGACUCUGCACCAGCCAUCAGCAGCAACUUCAUUGAUGUUUGGGACCGGGAUGAAGGCUACACCUUUGAUCCGCGAGUGAACACGGUGGCACAGCAUGUGGUGGCUGCAGUUGGCGGCUGCAAGGAUCCCCGCAGAAUCGAUCGGAUCUAUGUGGGAUCAGGGAGCUGGCAGUUCCAUGCAGAACUCUUUGCUACCGAGCCAUUUCGUCUUGAGGAUGCAAGCAAGCCUGACCAAGAAGAUCAAGCAUGGUACAUAUCCGAUCAUUUUGGUGUCCUUUGCCGCUUUUGGUGCGAAGACAGCCUUGGAGACACCAGCAAUGGAGACGAGCAGGUCCUGCUCCAAAAGCCAGCAGCUGUUUUGGAGUCAAAUGUAUUGAGAGCCAUCACACUACAAGACAUUGAAAGCGUCUCAGUGGAGCUCUUCCUUUUGGGGUCAGCGGCCCUUGGGAUUUCGGACUCAGGCAGUGAUGUGGAUGUGUUGGCUUGCUCUUCCAGCAUCUCUUCCACCAAGUUUUUCGAUCUUGCUUCGGAAGCACUGCAGCAGCACGGCAUUGGCCCAGUGGAUCGGGCAAUGGACGCCACUGUGCCAUUGCUUAAAUUCCAGGCCGGUGACGUGCACAUCGAGGUGCAGUUCACAGAACUCUCGGCUGAGCAGAUAGCAGAGCUGCGAUGCAGUCACACCAACGCAGCCACGGACCCUGUCAUUGCAAAUGCAGCUGCAAACGCUGCCUUCAAGUCUUUGGAAGCGAUUCUCUUUACACAGAGUCCCCAGUGCCAGGUUGGGCUUGCUGCAGCGUUGGAUGCCUGGGCACUUUCUCGGCAGCUUCGAAGACGCUUUGAGCAUUUUCGUGCUUUAACAGUUGAGGUGAAGCAUUGGGCACGGCAUAGGCAGCUGCUUGGAACAUCCUUUGGAUUUCCAGGCGGAUUUGCUUGGGCGCUCCUCGCAAGCAAGGAGGUUCUGGGCAGCUCUGAGGACAUCCUGCUCCUGGCCUUGAUUGCGUGUGAAAUGGCACUCAAAAUUAUGUGGCAUUCAUUAUUUUAA